CCAAGAUCAACCCUCUUGUCUCUCGUUCUUUCUCGUUCUUUCCCAGGCUCCAUCCGGGCCCUGUCAUUAAUAUGUCUCCUGCUCCGAUCGCCCCCACGACGGAGGAUGUCGCGACAUUCCUCCAACAGGUCGAGCCUCCCCAGAUCGCCCCGCACCGCUCUCACGACCCCUCCAACAACCAGAAGCGGAGCGACCCCUUCCAGUUCGGCUCCCGCUACCUGGAGCAGGGCGACGAUGUCUACGAGUUCAACGCCUGGGACCAUGUCAUCCCGGACGACGAGUUCAAAGCCUUCGCGGAGGUCCAAUAUGCGAAGCAGCGCGAAACCCCGGUAUCCGACUUCGACCGCAACCGUUUCAACAAUGACCCGGCCAAGUGGUGGAACCUUUUCUAUAAGAACAACACGUCCAACUUCUUCAAGGACCGCAAAUGGCUUUGCCAGGAGUUCCCGGUGCUCGGCGAAGUGGUCAAGCCUGACGCAGGCAAGCGCGUGGUGCUGGAGGUCGGUGCCGGUGCCGGAAACACUGCCUUCCCGCUGAUCGGGCUCAACGAGAACGAGGAGCUCAUGGUCCACGCCUGCGAUUUCUCCAAGACGGCUGUCAAGGUCAUGCGUGAGAGCCAGGAAUACAACCCCAAGCACAUCACGGCGGAUGUGUGGGACGUUACGGCGGAGGCGGACGAGAACAGCAACGGGCUGCCCCCUGGCCUCACUGAGGGGUCUGUUGAUGUCGUCGUUCUUAUCUUUAUCUUCUCUGCUCUGAAUCCGGAUCAGUGGGAGAAUGCUCUUCGCAACGUGUAUCGCGUGCUGAAGCCCGGUGGUCAGGUCCUUUUCCGUGAUUACGGACGGGGCGACCUCGCGCAGGUGCGGUUCAAGAAGAACCGCUACAUGGCCGAGAACUUCUACGUCCGAGGUGAUGGAACACGAGUUUACUUCUUCGACAAGGAUGAGCUGGAGCACAUGUGGGGCCAAUGGACCCCGGAGACUGGCAUUCCGAUCAAGAGUGCGACGCCGGAAGAGGAAGAGACUAAGGAGGAGCAACAGACGACUGACAAGAAGGGUGUCUUCGAGGUCAGGAAGCUGGGUGUUGAUUACCGGCUACUUGUUAACCGCCAACGCAAGCUGAAAAUGUACCGUUGCUGGAUGCAGGGACAUUUUAUCAAGCGUGACGAUGCUGCUGCCAGUGACGCAGUGAAGAGCGAAUCCUGAUGUUCUGGAAGCCGUCCAGUAACAGCGCGUUUUGUGAUUCUCGAGGCUGAAGGUACUAUGAACGUGCAAGGCGAAAAUCACAUGGCAGCCACCAGCGACAUCCGUGCCAAGCGGCGAUCGUUGUCUGGUCCGCGUGUAAGAGCCAAGUCGCCUUUUUAUGUCCCAUGUCGAACAGAAAGGCUUUCAAGGGAAGAUGUCCAAUAGCACGGCUGUGGUGAUACUUUUGCCGUGAACGUGACUUUCCCACCUGAAACAAGAAGAUAGGCUAUACGCCCUUGAUCAUGCGAGUGACAAUCGAUGAUGGCAGUCCAACAGCCACCCAGACCUUUCAAGCCGGUUCUUGCCGUCAUCCAACAGAAGCAGACAUGUGCCGGAAACGAAGCCAAAGCGAAGUGCUGAUCCAACACUAAGGAUUCGAUGAUACCCAUGACGAUAAAUAUAGAGUCUAGAUAUAGAUUUAUGCAAGUUAUUUU